GGUUUAGUCCUGGUUUAGAUCUGAUUAAGACCCUGGUUUAGUCCUGGUUUAGAUCUGAUUAAGACCUGGUUUAGUCCUGGUUUAGAUCUGAUUAAGACCUGGUUUUAGUCCUGGUUUAGUCCUGGUUUACACGUGCGCGCGCUGAUUGGCCGUUUGAUUCCAAACUUUGAAAAAAAAAAAAAAAAAAACAUUACGCGGCGCUGACGUCACCAGACGCACGGGGUACAAUGCGGAAGUGAGGGAUUACAGUUGGCACGGAUCGGGCAGCGCUCGCCUCGCCGAGUGUUUACGUCAAAAUAACUCAACAUUUUUCACACUUUUACGCGCCGAACUACGCGAUAAACUCACGAUACCGGAGAUCCGAACCGGGACACGUAUUUUCUGGUGCAGGUGCGGUCCUGUCGUUACCAUGGAGACGCAGUAGAGGCCCCGGCAUGGACGCGGUCGCAGUCACAGCGCCCCCCGGCCCCUCGUUGGCGCCGUCCCCGCUGCCCCUGUCGCCCGCCGUGCCGCCGUCGGUGCAGUUCUCCUUCACGCUGCUGUACGCGCUGCUCUACGGCGCCCUCUUCCUGUGGGCGUACGCGCAGCUCUGGCUCCUCCUGCUGCGGCGACACAAACGCUGGAGCUUCCAGAGCGGCUUCCUGUUCCUGUGCCUCCUGUGGGCCGCGCUCCGCACCACGCUCUUCUGCUUCUACUUCAGGAACGCCGUCCAGGCCAACCACCUGCCGGUGGCGCUGUACUGGCUCCUCUACUGUUUCCCCGUCUGUCUCCAGUUCUUCACUUUCAGCCUCAUCAGCCUCUACUUCACCCAGGUUCUUCUCAAAGUUCGGGAGAUUUGUCACUUUGAAGUGACCAGAGCUCUGUGUCUGAUGCGCUGGUUCUUCUGGCUCCUCUGCCUCGUCUUCUUCUGCGUGAACGUGGUGUGUGCGACGCUCGAGGACCGAGACGGGUCCAGUCCUCAGACCUGGACUCUGGUCCUGGUCCGGGUCCUGAUCAACGACGGCCUGUUCAUCGUCAACGCCGUCAUCCUGUCGUCCGUCCUGAUGCUGCUGACGCGGCACUCGCACUGCACCAGGCCCUACCUCCUCAGCAAGGGCACGAGUGUGUGUCGGACGGCGGCUCUGGGUGCAGCUGUGAUUCUCCUCUUCACCAGCAGGGCGUGUUAUAACCUCACCGCCCUGAGCCUGAGGAGCAGCCGAGUGGAGGACUUCAACUUCGACUGGUACAACGUCUCCGACCAGGCUGACCUGCAGAGGGAGCUGGGGGAUCGGGAGUUUUUGGCGUUCGGGGCGAUUCUCUUCAUCUGGGAACUUUUGCCCAUGAGUCUGCUCAUGCUCAUCUUCAGGAUACGCCGCCCCCCGCAGGAGAGAGCCGUGGUGAUAAACACGUCUCCUCUUCCUCGGCCGUAUUUCUUCGAUGAUCCUCAGGCCGGAGACGAAGACGCACCACUGCCCUGGACCAGAACCAACUCCCAACAGUCUCUACAGGCCAGUUGGUUCGGCUCGGAGACGACGCCGCUUCUUUUCGCCGCGCAGCGCUCCGACCAAAACGACCAGCACCACUCGCUCUACUCCACGCCACAGAAUACAUGAAGUACUCAGGAAAUACUACUACUACUACUACUACUACUACUGCUACUGCUACUACUACUGCUACUGCUACUGCGGGGUGCUAGACCAGAGGAUACUGACCAAGUUACCGUAUUUACCAGCGUUUUUUAGUUUUUUUCUAUUUUCCGAAACAAACGGAACAGUUUUACUCAAAUCUCUUAAAAUGUUGCACAAUUUUGAGAAAUCUGACAAGUUUUUUUUUUUUUUUUUUUUUUUUACACCAGAUGCCCUCCCGCCGCAAACUCCGGUCUCUGGAGUGAACGGUGGGGGCGUCGAGCGCAGCAAAAACUGGAGUGUUAAAAUAUCUCAGAGUUGUUUUUAACUCAGAAAGUGUUAUUUUUAACUAUUUGAAAGUUAAACACGGGGUUGGAGUUUAGGGUUAUUUUCCAGAGUUGAUGUGGUUGAAGUUCCACUGUGUUGUGAAGUGUUGAUUUAACACUUCCUCUAGUGUUAAUUCAACUUCCUUUAGUGUUAAUUCAACUUCCUCUAGUGUUAAUUCAACUUCCUUUAGUGUUAAUUCAACUUCCUCUAGUGUUAAUUCAACUUCCAUUAAUGUUAAUUCAACUUCCUCUAGUGUUAAUUCAACUUCCUCUAGAGUUAAUUCAACUUCCUCUAGAGUUAAUUCAACUUCCUCUAGAGUGUUAAUUCAACUUCC